UAUUUAUUUGUUUAUAUUUAGGAGCCUGAUUGUAGUGGGCAUGGUAAAUGUGAGGAUGGUGUAUGUGCCUGUAUGAAAGGAUAUAAAGGAGAAUUCUGCCAGGAAGCUGAUUGUCCUGAUCCGACCUGCUCUGAGAAUGGUUUCUGUGUAUCCGGUCAGUGUAUUUGUAAACGAGGCUGGGUUGGAACUACCUGCAGCGCAGUCGACCCAUCUGCUACCAGCUGCCUGCCUUCCUGUUCCCCACAGGGGACUUUUGAUCUAAAUACACAGAGCUGUGUGUGUGAGGAGGGAUGGACUGGAGUAGAUUGUGGAGUAAGGGAGUGCAGUAUCAACUGUGGUCAGCAUGGAGCCUGUGAAAAUAUGGAGUGUGUCUGCGAAAAAGGAUGGUCUGGGGAUCUCUGCCAGAACAAGGAAUGUGAUGCUCGUUGUACAUACCAUGGACAAUGCAAGAACGGUACAUGUCUGUGUGUACGGGGGUGGAACGGGAAGCACUGUACACUAGAAGGAUGUCCAUCACAGUGCAGUGGACAUGGAGAGUGCAAGACUGAUUUUAUUGGAGCUUGGAAGUGUGAAUGCAGUGAGGGUUGGGAUGGGUUGGAUUGCUCUACUCAGCUGGAGACAAGAUGCGGAGAUGGAUUAGAUAAUGAUUCAGAUGGACUGGUUGACUGUCAGGAUCCUGAAUGUUGUGAGUCUAAUGAAUGUAGGAGUAACCAGCUCUGUUAUACUGUUCCUAGUCCUAUCAAUAUACUCUUGCAGAGACAACCACCAGCACCUACAGCAUCAUUCUUCCAGAAAAUGCGGUUUAUAAUUGAGGAGGGAUCUUUGCAGAGAUAUACAAAAACCAGUAGCUUCAACGAAAGUACCUACUGGAGUCAUUUCAACGUGAGCCGUGUUGCCGUGAUACGAGGACGUGUGGUGACCAGCGCGGGUCGCGGACUGGUUGGUGUACGGGUCACCAGAGAGAAUACUCUGUCAGAAGGAUACACCAUGACUAGGGAGGAUGGUUGGUUUGAUUUCCUAGUGAAUGGAGGUGGCUCUGUAACCCUGCAGUUAGGGAAGAGUCCCUUCCCUCCCCGUACUAUUACACUCUUCGCUCCAUGGAACGAGGUGAUAGUGUUGGACCCUGUGAUGAUGAGCAUGAUGGUUGAGGUGAAGAUGAACCUAACUGCUGCAUGUGAGCAACAUGAUUUCCAGACUAUACAACCCAUCGUCAUCUCAUCUGCCAGGUUUAGAUCUCAGGGUGUAAAGUCAGUAGGAACCUCAAUAAUUGCUGAAACACAGUCUUUAUUCGAGUCCAUCCUCAUCCCUUCAACAAACCACAGGCUGAUCUACAGUUCACCCCGGAGCAAGGGUUAUCUCUCCACCAUUCAGCUCCAGCUCACACCCGACCUUAUUCCCACCUCUCUUCAUAAAAUACACCUUAAAAUCACUAUAGAAGGAGAUUUGUUUGAGAAAACAUUUGAGGCUGAUCCAAACCUUAAGUACACUUACUCCUGGAAGGGGGUUAAUGUGUACAGACAGAGAGUGUACGGUACAACCACGGCCCUGGUUAAGGUUGGGUAUGAGUACACCGGAUGUGCCCGGAUUAUGUGGAACACCCAGAGUGCCCGGGUAUCCGGACAAGAUCUAACCCUCAGCAAUAUUGGAGGCUGGGAUUUGGAUAUACAUCAUAGAUAUAACUUCCAGGAGGGUAUCCUAUACAGGGGGGAUGGAACAAAUGUUUUCUUAAAGGAAACUCCAUCCUUGGUUUUUACAACCUUUGGCAACGGAAAACGAAGACCUUAUGAGUGUCCAAACUGCAAUGGAGAAGCCAAAAACAAGCCACUCCUCUCCCCAAUGGAGAUUGUGUCCGCCCCUGAUGGAUCACUCUAUAUUGGAGACUUUAAUCUUAUUCGAAAGGUUAACCCUGCAGGUUUGGUCAGAACUAUCCUGCAGUUGAAUGCAACCACAGUAGCACAUAGAUACUACCUGGCAGUUAAUCCUCAGAAUGGAGCUCUUUAUGUUUCGGACUCUGAGGGGUACAGGAUUAUGGAGGUUAUUAACACAGAGGACCCUCAGGAUAUUGUUAAUAAUUGGAAAACUUUGAUAGGAUCUCGGGGUCAGUGUAUGCCAGGGGAAGAGAAUGAGUGUGGGGACGGUGGACCCGCAUUAUACGCUCAACUUAUCUAUCCUAAAGGUUUGGCAGUAUCAGCAGAAGGCAUAGUUUACUUUGCUGAUGGAACUACAAUACGAAAGAUGGAUGAGAGGGGAACUGUGUCAACUUUAAUAUCAGCGCAUUCACAGAAUAGCCAGUGGAAACCAAUACCCUGUGAGGGCACUGUCAACCUUAAAGAUAUAUCUUUAAAGUGGCCAGUUGACUUAGCAGUUAACCCUCUGGAUAACUCAGUUUACUUUAUGGAUGAUAACAUUGUCAUGAAGAUUACAGAAAACCAACAUCUUAAAGUUGUUGCAGGACGGCCUUUACACUGCAGCAGGCCCAGAUCUAGUUUUUACAACAAUUUUGCUUCUUACACAACACUAGCUUCCCCCAUUGCCAUUGCAUUUUCCCCCAGUGGGGAAUUGUAUAUUGCAGAGUCGGAUACAAGAAGAAUCAACAGAAUAUCUGUUGUCGGGACAGACGGAAGGAUUAGUGUUUUUGCCGGGAAAGAUUCCAAGUGCAACUGCCAAGAAUCUGAUUGUGAUUGUUUUAAUGCCAAGAAUCAUUUAGCUAUUCAUAGCUUGUUCAGAUUCAUCAGUGGUAUAGCUGUCACUCCAGAUGGAGGAAUUCAUGUUUGUGACCAAACUAAUUAUAGGAUUAGAACAAUUAGUAAGAGAAUUCCAGAGAUUGAUUCCACCCAAAUGUAUGAAGUUUAUUCAACUGAAAACCAGGAAAUCUACAGGUUCAACAAGUUCGGGCUUCAUAUGGAAACAAGGAACAUGGCAAACAACAGGAUUAAGUAUAAUUUUGCAUACUCUGUGAGUACCAGUACAGGGGCCCUGGUAUCCAUAUCUGAUUCAACCGGGGGGAAAAUAUCAAUUGUUAGAAACUAUGCUGGACAGGUGGAGUCAAUACAGAACCCACAGCGCCAGAAAUUUGACGUGUCUGUGGACAGAAAACAUCUUCUUAGAUCCUUCAGUAUUGAUGCUAACAAUUCUAUCCUGAUUGAUUACUACAGAUCUAGUGAGCUGCUCAGAUCUCGCAUGCAGACCAAUGGAAAUGGAUAUGUUUAUGAGUAUGAUAACAAUGGCCGGCUAGAGAAGGCAGUUACACCAACAGGAGAGAUUAUUAAUCUCAUAUCAGACAUAUCAAUCAACGGUGCCAUAGUUAAUGUGACAAGGGACAAGAAAGAAAUGUCUCUCCUGAUACAGAAAAGUUUCCUCUAUAAAUCCUGCGGACAUGAGGUGGAAAUAAUACAGAGAGAAUCAGAUAAGAGUUUCAUUACAGAAUCUAAAUGGGGACAUAAAGUCCUGAUGAAGACUGCUCCCUAUAUAUUUUUGCAAGGGGAAAAUCCAGGAUUAGCAGAGAGCUUUCCCGUCCCAUCCUCAGAGAGAACAGAAAUAGGAAAAGAAGUUGUAAAUCAGUUGGAAUGGAUUUACUAUGGUAAUGGAAAUAAUGGAUACUCAACAUCAGGCAAGGUUGGGAAGAAAUUGCAUGUUAAUGGAGAGUCCAUGUUCACUGUUGAAUUAGAUCAGAAUUCUGGAAAUCAAAUAUUGAGUCUGGAUGCACAGAAAACCAUCAUUAGUAUAAAUAGGAGUGAAACAUCGGAAGUUGUUAGUUCUCUCCCAGCAGGGAUCUUUCCAACCAUUAUAGAAGAAUACAAUUCAAUAGGACUUCCUAUCCGAUGGGCCAUGGGAUCUCUGGUAGAAACAUACAGUUACGACCGAAUGAGCAGACUGAAAGAGAUUAAAAAUGGAAACUCGCCAGGAAGCCUGCAGUAUAUUUACUCUGAUUCUCCAGGAAUAUGGACCAAUCAUCCGAGUAAGGUUGUAGUUCCUACCGGAGGAGGAUUUAUACUAAAACAUGAUCAAACAGGGGCUCUAGAAGCCAUUAUAACACCACGGGGUCACAUCCAUUCCUUUGUACAACAACUCACACUCGGAGCCCAUAUCCUUAAAUAUUUCUCCCCGUGGAAUAAAGAACCUUACAUUCAACAUUUUGAUCAAAGUGUACACCUUCUAGCCAAGGUAUAUCCUGGGAAUACUGGGAAAGUCAUAUAUAUUUAUGAUGAUGCAGCACAUCUUAGGACAGUAAUUGGAGGAGUAUCUUCUAUCCAUUAUCAUUACAUAUCCGGCACAGCCCUGGUAAAAACAGUUGAGGUGAUGGAUGACAGUUUUCAUAUGAAGACCAAGCAAAGAUAUCAUCGGGGAGCCGUCAAAGAAAUCUCUAAAGAAUUCCUGGGAAAUGUAGGCCUGAACAAUUAUAGUAUGGAGUACCAGUAUGAUGCUACAGGCCGACUCUCCUCUACUAAACUAGAUAUAAUUGGACAGACAGAGUUAACCAACCAUGUUCGCUAUGAUCCCAAAACCGGAAAUAUAAUGGGAGUCUCAGAUCUAAAGAUAAUCCACAGAUCCUUUAGUAUGGUUAUCAUGGAGGACUUGUCAAAGAACUUUGUUCGAGAAAAGAAGUUUGAUGAAUAUGGUCGGUUUCAAAGUUUAAAUUUGAUUAUCAAAGGAGUCCCACUGUUCCGUGUGAAUAUUGAAUACAAUGUCAACAGUCAGAUCUCGUUAAAAUCAGUCUUCUUACAGCAUACGACUACCAAUGAGGAGAUAGCCUACAAUGCAAACAAUCAGAUAAAUAUAGUUCGAAGUGGAUCUGAUGCUAGCUGGAUCUAUACUCAUGAUGUCAACGGAAAUAUUGUUUCUGUGACCGAGCAGGGGCAGAGGGUGACCCUGGGCUAUGACAGCGGAGACAGGGUCUCACAAUUUGGAGACCUUGAAUUUGUUACAUAUGACAACCGAGGCUUUGUUAUACGACGUGGAGAGCAGAGAUACUCCUACAAUACUUUUGGACAAAUGAUCAGUGCUUUUGAACCAGGAAAGUUUGCUGUCAGAUUUUAUUAUGACGAUGAGAAAAGACUGGUUGGGUCCCAGGACCAUCGUGGAAACAUGGUCCAGUAUAUCUAUGGAAAUCCGUCCCAGUCCAACCAGGUAUCCCAUAUCCAUUAUCCUAAACAGGACCGGACUACUCAACUCCUGUAUGAUGAAGAUAACCUACUGGUAGGACUGGAGAGUCAGGAUUCCAGGUUCUAUGUUGGAACUGAUACUUCAGGAACUCCUAGAGCAGUGUUUGAUUCUUCCGGUCAGCUCAUCAAACAGAUGAAGAGAACACCCUUUGGGCGCACCAUGCACGACAGCAAUCCCUCCUUCAAGCUCCACAUAGACUUCAACGGUGGGAUACUAGAGGAGCAUACAAGGCUUGUUCAUUUCGGAGAGCGUGUAUAUGACCCAGUACUGGGACAAUGGAUGACCCCGGGGUGGGAGACCUUGAUCAAUGAGCUCACCUCUCCCUUCAACAUCUUCUCCUACAGAUACAUCAACAACAAUCCUACCAAUCCAACCAACAACAUGCCGGUACAACACGGGGAUACUCAACAACAACAGCAGCAGCAGGGCAUCACAACAUUCUCAGGUCCUGAUGGCUGGCUGAAACUAUUGAGGUUUAAUCUGAAGUCUGUUAGUGGCGCCACCUAUAUGACGCAGAACAUGUACAGACCGUCUGUUGUACACUCCACUGUACUGUCCCGGAUGGAUACUGGUCCCCAGGUUAGACUGGCAAUACAAGAGUCCAAGGAUCUCUCACGUGACAGUCUGCUCAGCCCUAGUUUUAUCCCUGAGCAGCCUAGGUUGACCAGCUCAUCUAGAAGGUUGAACCUGGCUCCUCAGAUCACUAGCAGAACUUCAAUAUUUGGACGCGGUAUGCUGCUCUCUAGAGCCGGAGAGAGCAUAGUGGUAACCCUGGUCAAUGAAGCGGCCAACGGCGUGUUCCAGAACGUAUUCGCCAGCGUAUUAAAUGGCGCCAAGCUACUGGAUAUAGAAUCGCCAACGGAUGAAGAGGAAUACUACUUUAUCCGGGAGGAAUCGCGCUACGGGAACGAUUUGGAGGAGUUGGAACGACUAUCAGGUUCGUACAAUGUGACUAAAGGUGGUUUAAGAGGCGGGGGCAGGGAGGUGUGUGUACACGGUACAAACCCUGCAUUUACAGUAUGUACACUGUACGGGGCGAACAUAGAUCGUGUUACCCGCCACAAAAUCCGCCAAGGACAUCGAUUCGCCCUGAGAUCAGCGUGGAGGCUAGAAGUUGGCCGUGUGAGUAUGGGAUUCCACGGGGACUGGACUCCCUCGGAGCGCGACGAAUUGUUGAAGAACGGCGAGGUUCGUGGUUACUCUGGGGAGGAGAUACACAGUGUUCACAAGUUCCCCGCCCUCAUAGGGCAGGCCAGCAACCUCAAGCUUGUCAGGGAGGGGGAGGCCACACCUUCUAAAGAAUCCUAUUUGUAACUUAUGUAUACUCUAAACGAUCCACCAUGAACGGUCUGGAUUUAAAAAGUGAUAUUGAUGAAAAUAAUGAUGAAAGAUAAGUGACACUUUUGUCAAACCUUUCCAGAACAAUGUUUUUAACUGUUCAAGUUUUCCGAGAUUAACAGGGUGAAUCUCAAAUAGUUAUUGUUUAGUAUUAGUGACACUGCACAGUGCACACCCUGUGUUAACUAGUGAGUUGAAUCUCUGGGCUUUUUUAGAACUUGUUCCUUUAAAGGGGCUCGCUCCUGGCCCCUUUAAGGGCUUUUGAGUACCCUUAAAGGGACUUCUAGUCAACCUGCAAUCAUUGUGCCAUUUUGUAAGUCUGAAGACUUCCAUAUGUUGGGGUCCAAAAACCCCGCCAUCCCCCCUUAAAGUCUGUGAAAAUUAUUUAAGUUACCUUUAUAUUGGUAUUCGAUACUUUUAAUCAGAGUUUCAGUCACAAACAUAUUAUUCAAUUCCAUCCUUUGCUUUUAAACCAAGUCAGCAAAGGCAGGAAAAUUUACACGGGAAAAUUUGACAUUUCCAUUUUGAGAUUUUAAAACGCGAAAAUUUAUAAACCAUGUAGGCUCCGUAGAAAAAGAACAUAUCAUGAAAAAUUAAAGUAAAAUAUUCCGAAUUUUUUAAAAAUGAUUUCAUGAGAAUGUUUAUUUUUGGAGUCAGGCUGUGAUCAUUUACCUUUUGUAAAAGGGAGGAAAAAAAACAAGAAAAGUUUUCCUUUCUUAAAAUAUUUCUACCGGCUGUGUAAUAUUACAAUAAUUAGUUGUGUAAGAUUAAGAUCUGUUAGAGUUGUUCAAGAAAUUAAUCA